AUGGCCUCUGAUGAACAACUUGUUUCAUCAAAAAGGGGCGUCAAUGGAGGCUCCUCCCACAUCAUGGUCCCUGACACAUCACAAAACAGACCAAAACAAACUGUGGAUUUCUAUAAGCAACAUAUCCUCAGUGACAAAACUCCGCCCUCAUCUGAUAAUAAUAAUGAUGUGGAAAGUAAUGUACAGAAAUCAGGUAGUGACCAUAACGGUGUUUUGGACUCUUCUCCUGGCCCAAGUGGACAAGUGCUGUCACCAUUCAUCAAAAUUAAAAAUCAAAUCAUUGAAUAUGUUGACUAUGGUGCCCAUUACUAUAGAAACUAUUUCUAUGGUUUAGACCAUCAAAACUACUUUGGUAUUGAUGAAAACCUUGGCCCCAUUGCUGUUAGUAUUAAAAAAGAAAAAACUGAAAGGGAAAACCUUGGCAGUAAAUCUGAGUAUGGGCAAACUCAAUACCGUAUCAUUUUCAGGACCAGUGAGCUGGCAACUCAUCGUGGUUCAAUUUUGGAAGAUGCCAUUCCAUCAUCUAGUCGUUUAAGCAGUUCCAGGGGAGUUUCAUCCAAAGAUGUCUUGGAGUAUGUUUUGCCUGAAGUGAAUCUUUCUUGCUUAAAACAAGCCAUUUCUGGUCAGAAGAUUGCUGAUCAACUUAUGAAAUUAGAUGAGCAAGGAAUCACAACUUCUUAUAAAGUUGGAAUCAUGUAUUGCAAAGCAGACCAAUCCACAGAAGAAGAAAUGUACAACAAUGAAAUACAUGGUCCUGCAUUUGAAGAAUUCUUGGAAUGCAUUGGAACUCGUGUUCGGUUAAAGGGCUUUGAUAAAUAUCGCGGACAGUUGGACAACAAGAUGGAUUCAACUGGAACUCAUUCUAUAUAUAGUACUUUCAAUAACUAUGAGAUCAUGUUUCAUGUUUCUACUCUGCUUCCCUUUACCCCAAGUAACAGACAGCAGCUCCUUCGUAAACGUCAUAUAGGGAAUGAUAUAGUCAGCAUAGUGUUUCAGGAGCCAGGAGCUUUGCCAUUUACUCCAAAGUCUGUUCGAUCUCACUUCCAACAUGUUUUCAUCAUUGUUAGAGUUCAUAAUCCAAAUACACCCGAAGUUUCUUACAGUGUUGCUGUGAGCCGUUGCAAAGAUGUUCCACCUUUUGGACCACCAAUACCCGAAACACCAUUCAAAAAAGGACCAGAAUUCACCGAUUUCUUGUUUGCUAAAGUGAUAAAUGGAGAAAAUGCUGCUCAUCAAUCUGAGAAAUUUAAAGCUAUGGCUGCACGAACUCAUCAGGAAUAUCUCAGAGACUUGGCAACCAACUAUGUGACCUCAACUGCUUUAGAUUCCACUUCAAAACUGAGUAAAUUUACUCUUGGAAGUGGUCGGAAAAAGGAACGAAGCAAAGUGAAAAUUGUCCCUGAUUUCCAUGCUAAAGGAGCUACUGUGUUCUUUGUUAAAGUUGAGGACCAUGGCUUCAGUAAAGAAAUUGACUGUUUGCUAGGCAUUGCUGCUGAAUACAUUGUAUUCAUAGAAGAUAAUACCAAAGAUGUGAUAUAUACUAUCCCAUGUUCAUCAAUCUUGGGAUGGACUGCUUUCACAAAUAGUUUAAAACUUUACCACAAUCAAGGUGAUUGUGUCGAGAUGAGACCGUCCAGUGGAGAAUCAUAUGAGGUGGUUGAUAUUGUCAGCCGUUUAUCUGGUGUUACUCGAGGUUGUCAGACACAAGAAAUGACACUACGAAGAAAUGAUAUUGGACAACUUGGCUUUCACAUUCAAGCUGAAGGAAUUGUCACCGAAGUGGAACAUUAUGGUUUUGCAUGGGAAGCUGGAAUCAGAAAAGAAUAUUCCCUCUCUCUCUCCUCUCCGUUUCUCUCUCCUCUCCGUUUCUCUCCUCCCGUCUCCUCCUUUCUCUCUCUCUCUCUCCUCUCCGUUUCUCUCUCUCUCUCUCCUCUCCGUUUCUCUCUCCUCUCCGUUUCUCUCUCCUCUCCGUUUCUCUCUCCUCUCCGUUUCUCUCUCCUCUCCGUUUCUCUCUCUCUCUCCUCUCCGUUUCUCUCUCUCUCUCCUCUCCGUUUCUCUCUCUCUCUCCUCUCCGUUUCUCUCUCUCUCCGUUCUCUCUCUCUCCUCUCCCGUUCUCUCUCUCCUCCCGUUCUCUUCUCUCUCUCUCUCCUCUCCUCUCCUCUCUUCUCUCUCUCCUCUCUCUCUCUCUCCUCCGUUCUCUCCUCCCCUUCUCUCUCUCUCCCCUCCCCUCUCUCUCUCUCUCCUCUCCCCUCUCUCUCUCUCUCUCCUCUCCGUCUCUCUCUCUCUCUCUCUCUCCCUCUCUCUCCCUCCUCCCUCUCUCUCUCUCUCUCCCCCUCCCCUCUCUCUCUCUCUCCCCUCCCUCUCUCUCUCUCCCCUCCCCUCUCUCUCUCCCUCCCCUCUCUCUCUCUCCCUCCCCUCUCUCUCUCCUCCCCUCUCUCUCUCCUCCCUCUCCUCUCCUCUCCCUCCCUCUCUCUCUCUCUCCCUCCCCCUCUCUCCCCUCCCCCUCUCCUCUCCCCUCCCCCCUUCUCUCUCUCCCCCCCCCUCUCUCUCUCUCCUCUCCCUCCCCCCUUUUCUCUCUCCCCCCCUCCUCCCUCUUAA